AUGUCCGACACAGUCCGCCGCCAAAUCGGGCAUCUCAAGUCCAAAACUCAAGGCAAAUCAAAACUGUCGGGCUGGGUCCUCCCCCGCGAAACAACCAGUUUUGCAGAUGAAGGCACCUGGACAAACAUCGAUGCCGACGUUACUCCCCUGGAGCGAAGGACAUGGUCUACUUUUACUGUGUUGGGGUUUUGGUUCAGUGAUGCCCUGAAUGCGCAGGGUUGGGAGGGGCCGAGCUCUAUUAUACAACUUGGGUUGACGUGGAGGGAGGCAUUUUAUCUGCCUGUUCUAGGAGGGAUUGUUGACACAAUACCGUUGAUACUCAAUGGUGCAAUUGGUGCUCAUUACCACAUCCCCUUUCCAGUCGUUACAAGGUCGUCUUUUGGGUAUUACUUCUCUCGUUUCGCGGUCAUUGUACGACUCAUCACCGCAAUUUUCUGGAACGCAAUCCAAACCUGGACUGGGAGUCAGGCAAUGUAUCAAGUAAUCCGUGCCAUCUGGCCAUCCUUCUUGAACAUUCCCAACCACUUACCCGAAAAAGCCGGUAUAACCACCUCGGAAAUGAUAGCGCACCUCGUAUUCUGGUGCGUGCAGACGCCCAUCAUGCUCACACCACCACACAAACUCAAGUGGUUCUUCGUCGUCAAGGUAUUCGUCGUCUUGAUUGCGAGUACAGGGACAGUCAUAGCCAUGACGUACAAGGCGCAUGGCGUAGGUGACAUAUGGAAUCAGGAGUAUUCCGUCUCGGGGUCGGCGAGGAGUUGGUUGAUUAUGAGUCAAUUUUCAGCUCAGUGCGGUGGAUGGGCAACAAUGGCAACCAACAUUCCAGACUUUACCCGCUACAUGCGCAACGGGCGAGGCGUCUACUGGCAAGCCUUGAUGCUCCCAAGCAUCAACCUCCUCAUGUCCGUCUUCGGCACGAUCAGCACCAGCUGCGCCAAAGUCGUUUAUGGAACCUACAUCUGGAGUCCUCUCGAACUCGCCUCCCACUGGGACGGCCCUUCAGGUCGCUGCGGCGCAUUCUUCGUAGGACUGUGCUGGGUCAUUGCCCAGAUCGGUACUAACAUGUCUGCCAGUGUCAUUUCUGCUGCUAAUGAUCUUACGAACUUGUUCCCAAAAUACAUCAAUAUCCGCCGCGGCGUGAUUCUUGUGUCAUUGAUUUCAGGCUGGAUUAUGGUUCCCUGGAAGAUUGUGUAUUCGGCUUCAUCCCUGAUUACGUUCAUCGCCGCCUUGGCGGUGUUUCUUGCGCCGAUUGCUUCGAUCCUGGCCUCGGAUUAUUGGAUUGUCAAGAAUCGCAACUUUGAUGUUCCAGGUCUGUACCGGCGGCAUGGUCGAUACCGUUACCAGUUUGGUGUCAAUUGGCGAUCAGUCCUUGCCUUUCUCGUGGCUGUUACCCCCGCACUUCCGGGACUGGCGAAUUCAGUGAGCAGCAGUGUCAAGAUAAGCACUGGACUCGCACGGUUCUAUGACUGCAACUAUCUCUAUAGUUUUCUGAGUGGUGCUGUCGUGUAUGUUGUUCUGAGCAAGGCCUUUCCGGCGACGGAGACGCUUCUUGAUGCUCCGAUAUAUGAUGAUGAUCCUGCGAUAAGCGAUGCUGUGGAACAUAUGCGUGGUGAUAAUGUCGAUAGUCUGUGGGACAAGGAGGCUGCAAUGCUUGAAUCGAAGGAAGGAGGGAUUGAUUCGCAGGGUCGAUAUACUCAGUAG